ACGGUCUCACUAAAAUGAUCAUGUAAACAUCGAAAUGCGUUACUUAAGGAUUUGCAAUCCAUUGGUCCACCACCAAGUGCGGAACUCAUCCACGCAAGCUGGCCGCCGGCGAGUGGUGGUCACGGGAAGUGGAGCGGUCACUCCGCUGGCCAACAAUGGCGCGGAUUCCUGGCGACGCAUCCUGGCCGGUGAGUCGGCGAUCUCCCGGCUGGGACCGGAGUUCAAGGGACUGCCCUGCCAGGUGGCGGCCCAAAUUUCAAGAGAUAACCUGCAGUUGGACCAACACCUGACCAAGUCGGACAUCAAGCUGAUGAGCCCAGCCACCCAGUUGGCUGUUCUGGCGGCGGAGGAGGCCCUGGCCGCCGGCAAGCUGAACCCCAAGGAUCUGAGCGAGGAGCAGCGGGAGCGCUUUGGCGUCUGUGUGGGCAUGGGCAUGUUCGACCUGACGGAGGUCUAUGGAGCCUGGAACCAGUUGCAGCGCGGCUACAAUAGAGUUAGCCCCUUCUUUGUGCCCAGACUCCUGCCCAGCAUGGCGUGUGGCCACAUCAGCAUGCGGCACGGUUUGAGAGGACCCAACCACUCGGUGUCCACAGCCUGCGCCACGGGAGCCCAUGCGCUGGGCGAUGCAAUGCGGUUUAUCCGCAACGGUGAUGCGGAUGUGAUGCUGGCGGGAAGUGGCGAAGCCUGCAUAGAUCCCCUCUCCAUUGCCGGAUUUUGCCGGUUACGGGCUCUGAGCACUGCGUUCAACGACAAUCCGGCGGUGGCCUCCAGACCCUUCGACAAGUCCCGGGAUGGCUUUGUGAUGGGGGAGGGAGCAGCUGUCCUUCUGCUGGAGGAACUGGAGCAUGCUCGCGCCCGAGGAGCUCCCAUCCUGGCCGAGAUUCUGGGCUACGGAUUGUCCGGCGAUGCCUAUCACAUAACCUCGCCAAGCGAGGACGGGACAGGGGCAACAUUGGCUAUGAAGCGGGCAAUUCGGGAUGCUGGGAUUGCUCCCGAUAACAUCACCUAUGUGAAUGCUCACGCGACCUCCACGCCCACUGGGGAUCGCAUCGAAUCGCACGCCAUAGGACGGGUGUUUGGCGACCACACGCCUCAGGUGAGGGUGUCCUCCACAAAGGGAGCCCAUGGACACCUGCUGGGCUCCUCCGGCAAUCUGGAAGCCCUUUUUGUGGUGCUCGCCUGUGCGGAGAACAAGCUGCCGCCAUCCAUCAACAUAGAGCAACUGGAUGUGGACGUCAAUGUGGUCAGAGAAGCAACCGAAUGGUCACCAGAUCAAAAACGUCGCAUUGCCCUCAAGAAUUCCUUUGGUUUUGGAGGAACCAAUGCCUCCCUCUGCAUUGCCAGCUACGCGGAAUAGGAGCUAAGAAUUGUUAACUAUUUUGUAAAGACCGUCGUAAAUAAAAUUGUCAAAUGUUUGCAUAUUUUUAGGAAAAA